GUCCACACUCGAAGCUCGAAUCAAAGCUUCCCUUCCUUUCCUUUCUGCUGAGGUGUCAAAAAGUUUGCUGCCAUUAUCCUUUUGGAAUAACUGGGAAAGAAACACAGAGCGACAACGAAUAGCGUUUUAAUAAUGGCUUAGGUAUGCACCGCGCAAAGAGGGAGACUUCGCAGUAGGUAAGUCUAGUUUACUUAAUACGAGUCAACAUGUACGAGCCGGACACGGCCGCUAUCCUUCCCGGCGACGGAGGACCGCAAGCCGACGACGCGAACUUAUCGCUGGGCCACGAAGAGGACACCGGGGCGCCGACCUCUCGGCCGACGGGGCCGCCGUUCGCGUGCCCGCUUCCGGUGUCCGUGGAGCCCGUCAUGUUCCUGUCCGUGUUUGCCGUGGUCCUACAGGCGCCGCUGACCACUCAGUACCUGUGGGACCGAAUUAGCGAAGACCUGGGCUACAAUGUCUCCAAGAGGUCGGAGUGCGGCAACAGCUCCGUGGAGCCCGACGCUCUUCAGAAGGAGGUUGAAACCUUGACAGCACACUGGAACCUCUACAUCAGUCUCGCGGGCUUCUCCGUGGGCUUGCUAGUGGUGCCGCUCCUGGGCUCGUGGAGCGACUUUGCAGGUCGCAGGCCGGUCCUUAUCAUCCCCAACUUGGGUCUGGCCAUGCAAGUGGUGGUCUACCUGUUGGUGAUGUACCUCAAGCUGCCUGUGGUAUACUUCCUUGUGGGUAGACUGCUCAGUGGACUUACCGGGGAUUUCAACUCCAUCCUAGCCGCCUGCUUUGCGUAUGUGGCCGACACGAGCGACAGAAGAGCCCGCACUUUCAGGGUGGCGGUCCUGGAGGCUUGUAUUGGUCUCUCAGGAAUGUUUUCCAGCAUCAUUGGAGGGCACUGGAGGCGGAUGCAAGGCUACAUCAACCCCUUCUGGUUGGUCCUGUCUACCAGCCUGGCGUCGGCUUUGUAUGUGUUCCUGUUCGUCCCAGAGUCUGUCGUGAAAGACCCUAGUGCCAAGCUUCUCACCGUUCGCCACCACAAAGCCGUGUGGCACAUUUUUUCCACCGUGGGUAGUGAGGGCGGCGGAAGGGUUCUGAGAUGCAAGCUGUGGGUCUACAUGCUUUGCUUCUUCCUGGUGGUGGCCGUCCACAUCGGGAGCCGCGAGCUUUACGUUCUGUACGAGCUGAGCCCGCCUCUGUGCUGGGGGCCGACACUCAUCGGAUAUGGAUCAGCAGCUCUGCACUUGGGCUACCUGAGCAGCCUGCUGGGGUUGAAGGUUAUGCUGUGCUGGUUGGAGGACUCGUGGGUGGCCGUCAUUAGUCUGGUCUCCAACAUCACCGGGCUGCUGGUUUUCUCUGUAGCGAACAGCACUCUACUUAUGUUCACAGGUUAUGGUUCGUUGUUUUUCUUUAUGGCUGCAACACCUGUUCUCAGGUCCAAGCUGUCUAAGUUGGUUAGCCCGUCUGAACAAGGUGCCCUGUUUUCGUCCGUGGCCUGUGUGGAGAGCUUGUGUUUCCUAGUGGGUAGUGGCCUCUUCAACUCUAUCUAUCCAGCCACACUGCACUUCAUGAAGGGCUUCGCCUUCCUCUUUGCUGCCAUCAUCCUCCUCAUCCCAGCUGGAAUAAUUGGGAGCUUGCAAUGUUUCGAGAAGAAAGAGCGUAGUGACUCCACAGCAUCCUGACCUGCACAGUCAGACCACGAAUAAAUACCAAAGAUGUGAGGUUAAUCCUGUGGGUGUGUGUAGGGUGAACAUCUCGAACAGAUCAGAGGAUUAUGAUUCUGAUUCUGAACAGGGACAUGGGAUCAGUUUAGUGAUGGGAGUUCACCCCAAAAAAUAUUCUGCUAAUGCAAAAAGACAACAAAAGGAAAACAUAUUUUCUUUAUGCUUUUAUUUCUUGGUUUAUCCAUGUGAAUCAAUGAUAAUCAAAGUGCAAACCAGUUAUUCUUAAUUCAAUGUAAUUUUCAUAUUUUUCAAUAGUUGUCCAAAGCAAACAAAUGCAAUAUCUAAGAAAUGUUUAUUUUUAUCCGUCCACCUUUUUAUAAUUGCCCAAAGCAAACAAAUGCUAUGUUAUACAAUUGUAAUCUGUCCAUUUUUUUAAUAAUAGUCUGAAGUAAACAAAUGCAAUACCAAC